UGGGCUGAAGUGGACGCCACCCAGCCCAGGAUCAUGGAGCUCAGCGUCCUCCUGUCCCUGGUGCUCCUCACUGGCCUCCUCCUCCUCCUGCUCAGGGCUGGCUCAAAGGCCCGUGGCCACCUCCCUCCAGGGCCCCGGCCUCUGCCCUUGUUGGGGAAUGUUCUGCAAAUGGAUAGACACGGGCUCCUGAAAUCUUUCCUGCAGCUUCGAGAACGGUAUGGGGAUGUGUUCACCGUGUAUCUGGGAUCAAGGCCGGUGGUCAUGCUGUGUGGGACGGACACCAUCCGGGAGGCCCUGGUGGACCAGGCUGAGGCCUUCUCUGGCCGAGGGACUGUUGCCACUGUGGAGCCAAUCUUCCAGGGCUAUGGUGUGGUAUUUGCCAACGGGGAGCGCUGGAAGGCCCUUCGGCGGUUCUCUCUGGCCACCAUGAGGGAUUUUGGGAUGGGGAAGCGGAGCGUGGAGGAGCGGAUCCAGGAGGAGGCGCAGUGUUUGGUGGAGCAGCUGCGGAAAACCAAUGGGGAACUUGUGGACCCCACCUUCAUCUUCCAGUCCAUCACGGCCAACAUCAUCUGUUCCAUUGUCUUUGGAGAACGAUUUGACUACAAAGAUCGCAACUUCCUGCAUCUCCUGGACAUGUUCUAUCAGAGCUUUGCGCUCAUCAGCUCCUUCUACAGCCAGGUGUUUGAGCUUUUCUCCAGUGUCAUGAAGCACUUCCCUGGGAAGCACAGAGAGAUCUACAAAAACCUGCAGGAGGUCAAAGCGUUCAUUGCCCAGCGUGUGGAAUGGCACCGGGCAACCCUGGACCCCAGCAUGCCGAGAGACUUCAUCGACACCUACCUCCUGCGCAUGGACAAA